AUGGGGGUGAGGAGGUUAGUGCGGGUGAUGGGGGUGAGGAGGUUAGUGCGGGUGAUGGGGGUGAGGAGGUUAGUGUGGGUGAUGGGGGUGAGGAGGUUAGUGCGGGUGAUGGGGGUGAGGAGGUUAGUGUGGGUGAUGGGGGUGAGGAGGUUAGUGUGGGUGAUGGGGGUGAGGAGGUUAGUGCGGGUGAUGGGGGUGAGGGUUAGUGCGGGUGAUGGGGGUGAGGAGGUUAGUGCGGGUGAUGGGGGUGAGGAGGUUAGUGCGGGUGAUGGGGGUGAGGGUUAG